CAUAGCUACAGUUACCAGCUCGCAGGAAAAACGAAAAACAUGUGAUUAAGAUUUGAAUACCUUGAUGGUGGGAUCCUACGUGACAAGCGACUAGUGACGAGACUCGUGAUAUAGCCGCUGAGUCUAGCGGACCGGCGGCUCCUGGAUUUGCGGCUCCUGGAUUUGCGGCGAUUUCGCAGCCCUGCUCUCCCAGAGACUGGGGCCGCAUUUCGCGGCCCUAUUUUCUGGCGCUAUUUCGCGGCCCUAUUUUCUGGCGCUAUUUCCUGGCCCUAUCUCGCGGCCCUAUCGCACGGCCCAUCUUUCCCCAUACUCCCCGUCCCAUACCAUCACCGCCCGGUUCCACCCCCACACAUUUCGAUGGACCCUUCCCACAAAGACCCUCCAAUAGGUGACACAAUAACCACGGGUGUUCUUCUGCGGCGCCGCGCCUUCGACACGCGGGCCCAGACCGAUGUGGCAAUCCGGCUCCAGGCGCCGCGGCCCCCAGGACCCAGCCAGAGCCACAGGUUCUUGCCCCAAAACGCUCUUUUUGGCCGCCAAAACGGCGUCUUUUCAUGGAAUCAGCCGCCCAAGAUUGCACGUGCCCUUGGAUCGCCCAAGUUCGCCGCGGCUUGUGGCUCCCCGACGGCUCUCGAGCUCUCGCCGUCCCACAUCUUCGUGGGCACGCACUUGGGCCGCGUGGCCGUGUUCGACUACCUCCAAAAUAUGAUGUUCUUGCUCCAAACACCCACUGCAGGGCCACUGCCUGCCGAGGAAACAGUCCCAGGCGCGCUGCACGUCACUUGUGUAGCCGUUUCGACCAGUGGAAGCCACGUCUGUGCGGGCCACACGGACGGCCUGCUUGUGGUGUGGGAGAUCCCCCGCCUAAAUGGGAAAAACAACAACAAGGCCGUUCCAACAGUCGUCGAGCCCUUGGAUGUGAUCCCAGGUAUGUCCGCCUCCACCUCUCGCGGCACUGGUGCUGCCAACGACCAUAUCGCGGGUGUUCCUGUGAACUCCGUGUCGUUUCUUGGCGACCUGAGCCAGAACAUGGUCUCCUCUGACGUGGGCGGCCAUGUCAUCUUCCACCACGGGUGCGUGCGAUUGUUCCGCCGGCAUUAUGUGACGCAGCGGCUCGUGGGCCCCCAAGCAGUCUUAAAAAACGACCCUUCCCAUGGUGCCAUGUAUGCCUCCGCCGUGCACGACUGCCGCGUGCUCCCCGUUGGCCCUGUUCCUCACUUGGCGGACCAUAUGGGCCUAGUUGCCGUGAUUUCAGCCCGCACCUUGACUGUACUAUCGGUCUGUUCGUUGGACAAUGACACCUCAGCCUCACCAAAGACGCAUUUCAAGGCCUCCCGCCCCAAAAAUGUGUCGAUUGGACCUGAUAGUGUUACAAUGGGGUGUGUGGCGUGGUACCCCAGCGUCGAGGCCCCUGCUGGAGGCCGUAGGAAUGCCAAAUUGGCGUAUUCAUGGAACAACGUGACCACCAUACUCGAGCUUGCCGGCCAGCAUGUUACAGGAACUGCAUCGGAUGUGCUUGCUGACUUAAAGGGCAAGCCAGGGGCUGUUCCACAGCUCGAAUUGACCCGAACGGCGAGGUGGACGGCCCCGGAAAAAAGCCACCGGACAGUCGCGCUCCAGUGGCUCAACUCAGAGAUAUUAGCUGCGCUUGUGCAAGAUACCAGUGGUCAAGGAAGUAAGAUUCAUUUCCUCUACUAUACAGAAAAGGAAGGUGAGGGAAGCCUUACUUCCGUGGCUAUCGAUGACGUCGGCUCUCAGCUGGCUGCGUGUAUGGAAUUUCUGGGCACAUCAGCCCGCUUGGAAAUGCGGCUCUAUAAUUCUUCAUUCAGAAUCCUCAAACACCGCCCAGUAGUUUUGGUGGAGAGCCACUUUGGAGCCCAGAAAUCACUUUGGACGGGAGCAACAACGAAAUGGACCAACCGACUUGCAGAACUCAUUGGAGCGGAGAAAUACACCGCGGCGCUCUUAAGCGCAUACAAAUUCUACUGCUCGGAAUACACAGGUCAGCUCUUACUCUGUGGUUUGCCACACACGGCCGCAGAACGACACGUCGUGGUUGAACCUUUUCUUUUGGACAUUAUGAGGAAGUCCAUAUCAGCAAUAUUUGGCCCAGGAAAAGACACUGGUCCAAACAUGAAGUCUGAUGAAGCUCCUGGAUCUGCUUUAGCUCUGGAAUUUGACUCAACCCCAAACUUUGAGCUCGGCGUUGAGGAUGGACUCUGGUUAUAUUUUCACUUAGCGACAAUGAUUACCAAAAAUAACGAAGGGGUCAACCAGGAGGAAAUAUUUGGAAUCUUGGAUGCCGUUCACGAGACAAUUGAUGACUUAAAACUAUUCUUUGACACUCUCGAGAUGUUUAUCUUGGCUCGUGAGAUCCGCUCGUUGACACCGUCCGUAUUCAAAAGUCUCGUCGAAUUUUAUGUGUCUACAGGGAGAGGUGACCGGCUCACAGAAAUAAUCUGCAUUCUUGAUACACAUACGCUAAACAUUGACUUGACGUUAAAACUCUGCGAAGCACAUGAUUUGAGAGAGUGCCUUGUUUAUAUCUGGACUGCUCUUCUCCAAGACUACACUCGGCCGCUCAUGAUGCUAAUGGCUGACAUAGAUCUGUAUCUGUGUGAUAGCACAAAAAGGAACCUCGUAUACACAUACCUUUCAUACAUUCUAUCGGGCCGUCAAUUCCCGACCGACCAGUACAUGAGUGCCAGUCGCGAAGAGCUGGCGAGAGGCGAAGUGUGCAAAAUAUUGUUUGCUUUGCGUGAGAUUAAUACUGAGGCGACCAAUGCUUUCCCCGUCUCUCUCGAAAAUACUGCUAUGUUUCCAUACCUUUGCAAGCUUUUGCGAUUUGACGCAUUCGAGACUUUGGCCACUUUGAAUGAGUUCUUUGAGAAUCCAUGUCUCAACACUGAAUCCAAGGGCCAUCUCAACAGACAAUAUAUUGUUGAGGCGUUGCUUGACAUUUUCCAGGAAGCUAACCACACGUUCUCUCUAGAGGACCGUGUAUACUUGGCUAUUUUCUUGGCCAGAAACUACCCGAAAUACUUGCAAUUUAUACGGAUCUCGGAUUCUGUUUUGGAACAAACAGUUGAGAUGCUUUGUAAUAGUGCAAGAAAUACACACUGUGAUGCCGAGUUAGCAUUAGAGAGUUUGUUGCCCGUGUACAACGUGAAAAAUGAAGAAUUUUUCCAAGAGCGAGUUAAGGCAGCCAAAUUCUAUCGCGUUGCAUUCCAAUUGAACAGAUCAAAGCAAAAAUUCUCCAAUGCCUUAGAGGUCUGGUUAGAGCAACAGAGAGGCGAGAACUUCAUUGACAUCCAUAACAACUUCUCGGUCUUCGCUGAUCUUAUUUCUCACGCAUUCACAGAUAAAGGAGUGAGCAUGGCCGAACAGACUCGCUUGAUGCAUAUCAUCAGUAAAAACUUUCUGGAACUAGCUGCGAGGCACCUGCGGGAGAUGGUGCUGUUGGCGAACUCUUACAAUUCUUCUUUUCACCGCAUGGUGUUGGAUUGUCCCGAUGAUGAAUUAGCAUACAGGUACUUGAGGAUUUUGUUUCAGGAGACCGAAGUACCGAAUUUUGGCUCCAGUAAAACCGAUCUUCUAGUCAAAUUUGUUGUUUUAAGCUGUGAUUUCUCUACAUUUGAAGUCCCUGAUUUGGUGAAUUCAUACUGGUAUGAGUUGGCUCAAUUACCAUAUAAUUUAAAACGCGUGGAAGAGAAACUCCAGAAUUCUCGUUGCUUUGAGGCCCUGGCUGUACUUUCUCGGAACACAAGUGAGUACAGACAGUCUAUUGACUACCUCAAAAAAGGACUCAAUUACUUCGCAGCAAAGGAAGAAUGGAACAAGGUGGAUGAAUUGACCGAGAUUGGGAUUACUGUUUGCAACAAAGACAAAAGCUGCUGGCAGCUUUUAGUACAGAUCUUAGUGGCCCUCAAAAGUCCCCCAGGUUCAGAUUCGUCUCUUCCCAAGCUGGUAAAUCAGGGUAUCUAUAGAUGUUUCAGAAGCAUCAUUGAUUUAGGAGAAAAGGAGCAAAACCCAAAGCUAUUUACAGAUAUUCUCCAAGACGUGAUGGAUGAGGCGACUGUUUCCCAAGUACGAGAAGUACUUCAGGAGACACUAACGUCAUUUUAUUUCGACAGUGAAAUACACAAUAUCACCCUUGCCAAAUUGAACGGUCGGAUUCGAAAGUAUAUGGAAUACAUUGAGACAGACCGCCUCCGUGGCUGGAUCUUGAAGGAAAAAGAAUGCGCAAGCUGUGGGAAGCCGAUGUGGGGCGACGAAGUGUCCGGAAGACAUCAUGCUGCGUGGGAGAAAAGGGAAAAAGCGAAGGCGUUUUCGGACGAGUUUGACGAGCAGGAGUUUAAAGACUGUGAGUUAGCCUUAUUCAAGUGUCAACACGGGUACCACAGUCAAUGCCUUGAAAGAUUAGGUAGUGUGGGGCAAUGCGUCAUUUGCAUCCAGUAGAGAGAGAGAGAGAGAGAGAGAGAGAGAGAGAGAGAGAGAGAGAGAGAGA